AACCACUAUAAACAAAAAAAGAAGAAGAAGAUGAAGGAAAACUGAGAAAAAUGGAAGCGCCUCUUCCUCUCUCUCUCUUUCUCCCUCCAUUCUUGUUCUCAUCUCUAAUGGCUUCUCCUCGCCUCUCUAUUCCUCGUUAUCAAUCAAGCAACCUAUAUUUCUCUCUCUCCCUACUUUCUCAGAAUUAUUAUAAGUAAGAAUAUAUAUGUUAUGUUAAAAUCGGUGCUUCAGUUUUUCGUUCCAGCUCUGUUCCAGGCGUUGCAUGUUUCUGUGGAACUAGCCUCAGAACCUCAAACAAUGCCCAAUUUUCCGACGAUAAAUGGGGAAGAGGGAGUAAAAGGAUUACAUGUUUAUGCUUAGUGCGCGUUCGGAUGGAGGAUCUCUCUGCGAGGAUCGCGAGGAGGUACCCGCGGGAUCUUUUGAGGGCCUUCGGCGGAGCCACGCACAGCAAGGAGCCGAUUCCGAUUCCGAUUCCGAUUCCGAUUCUGGCUCCGGUGGGGGAGGGAGAAAUGGGGGGGAUCGAGCUCAAUCUGGGGCUGUCCUUGGGCGGGUGCUUGGGAGUCGAGCCGGGUAGCGGCGGUGCGGACAAGCGGCUGGUCCGGUCGUCGUCGCUCGCGGCGUUCUCGAUCUUCCCCUUGGGCGAGUGCGAGGUCCCGGCCGUCAACGGCGCGUUGUUGGCGAGAACGUGCUCGCUCCCGACGGAGGCCGGCGAGGAGCAGCGGAAGCGGAAGGCGAUGCAGAGCCUGAAGAGGCUGGAGGCCAAAAGAAAGAGACUGGAGAGGAGGAAUUCGAGAGUCGGCUCGGACGACGACGUGGUAGGGCUAACCAUUACUACAGAUUCCAAGGGACCCUCAAUCAAACCGCCUUUGCCCGAACAUGACAAUCAUAAAGCUGACACCAAUCCCACCGCUGCGACGAUGCCAAGAACUCUUAAUUAUGCUGCCGAAGAAAAUGGCUUAACACUAAAGGCUGAUCAGAAAGCCAACAUGUUUGUGGGAGAAGCCGACCGGGAUAUGAUGGAAGAGAUGCCAUCUGUGUCGACAAGGGGUGAUGGCCCAAACGGCAAGAAGAUUGAAGGGUUUCUUUACAAGUACAAGAAGGGGGAGGCGGUGAGGAUUGUGUGUAUAUGCCAUGGGAAGUUCCACACCCCGGCUGAGUUCGUUAAGCACGCCGGAGGCAGUGAUGUGGCUCAUCCUCUCAAACACAUUGUCGUUAAUCCCUUGCUGUCUCCUGGAAAUCAGUGAUGAGAAUCUGUCAAGUUGUUUCAGAUCAGGGGAAAAAUCUGUUGGAGAUGAUCAAGAAAAAAAUGUCAACUUUGAAAGCAAAAAUGCUAGUACAGAAAAAAGAAAAAGGGGAAAAGUCUUCGUUCUCUUUACGUGUUUUUUUUUUAAAAAAAAGUUGAGCUUCUUCUACAAUGUGUUACGUUAUUGGGCUUCUGAAAGGUUUUUAAUUGGGUUGCUCUCAGCCUUUUCGUUAUCCUGAAUUGGCAAGUUAUUCUACAGAAAAAAGUUUUCGUAGAGUUAAGAUCUUGGUUCUCUCUUGCGAAGCAACGUAUUUGGUGUCUAAACCGUUCUCAACUUUUUUCCUGUGCUAACAUUGGUUAAUUAUAUAUGCCUGUGAACUAAGUGGUGCGACUUGUUUUAUGUGGUGCUGGAGAUUAUGAUCGAAUUGCAAAUCUAAUGCAUCUACUGGUUGGAGCUGCACACGGCGGAUGCCGCUCACCAGUAGGGUUCACCACGAGACUAAUUAAUGAGAGAUUGUAAAUGAUAUUAUGUUUUGCAAUCCAUUUACGUCUCAUUUCAGCUUUCUACUGAUCUUGAAUAUAUAUAAAGCUAUUCUUCAA